AUGAAGAAGUGCUUGACAAAACUAGAAGAAUUACGUUCUGGUAAAUUACUAUCUCAUCAGCUUCUACCAGAGACUGAAAAUUUUAUGGCUGACGUUAUUCUUCGCAAAGUUCGUCUUUUGUUGAAAUGUGGACAUAUUGAAAAGGCAAUAGGCAUGACUCAAGCUGUUUGUGAAUUUAAUCUAUGUGUCCCUCAAUUACCAGAUAACGCAAGUUUAAGUUCCAAGCGCAGCCUCUUUGCAAUUUUUUGGGACAGUGGCAUGGCGCGCAUGGGAGAUGAAAACGCGAAAGGAUGGAACGCUGCUAUGGAAUAUAUAAAAAAAGAAAAUGUAACUACAGAUAUGACACUUUGUGUGCGAGAGGAAGCUGAGUAUGACGACUUAGAGACCCGUUUAUGUCAGAAAAUGAGUUCCACAGGUUUAAAGUCAUCUCAUCAACGGAUUUGGAUAGAAGUAGAAAAAUUGCGUACAAAAUAUCAGUGGCGACCUAUCAGAGAUGUUUUUGCGAAAGUUGUUGAUAAAAACCGAAUCGUUACGUUCAAAGACAUUGAGGAUGUACUUUAUUCAUUCAAUAAAAUUGUUGCAGUGACUCUUUUUUUGAACUUGAUGGAAGAAUUAGGAGCAAAAAUAUAUGGCUGGGAUUCACUUUCUCCUACAAACAUAAUGCAUGAAUUCACUUUAUUUCCUGAUUUUUCUGUGGGUUUGAAGGAUAUUGAUAAGUUUUUGAAUAGAUGUUUUGAUCUUGUUUCUGUUCAAGUAGAAGGACAAGUAAGGGAUUUGGUGUUGUCGUCACAACUUCUCACAAUUUUUAAUCUCAUUAGUCGGAACUACGGGAGCAGGGAAAAAAUAACUGCAAAAUUUCGUGAAGAAGCUAAACUUCUAUGCUGUAAGAAUAAUAAUAUUAGGAACUUGUCAUUAGUAGCAACACUAGCGGAAAAGUUGUUGGAAUUGGGAAAAGACGAGAUUGCAAGGACUUGCGUUAAUAAAUUUUUUGUAAGCAAUGAUAUGUGGAGCGAGAAAGAAAUGUCUCGUCUAGUUCCUAUGCUUCGUAUGGCUAUUGUGUACAUAAGUGCAGCGCCUGACGAUUUUGUUAAACGAGAUCUCAUCAGCACUAUUUUAUGUGAAGGGAAAUGCGUACAGAAUGAGGUGAAGGACAUUAAUACGAUUCAAAACAGAAUCAAUGUUAUUUUUCGCGAUCUUUUGAGAAGAGAAGGAAUGCAUGAUACCUGGGAAGGUUCCCCAAUUGAUCUCAUAUCAUGUCUUGUGCUGUUUUAUUCUUACUACUUUGUUAUUAACGAGAAACGAGUAUGGAGCAUGCGAAAAUGUUAUAUGGAAUUGUCAGCUGUUACGAGGCACAGUAAACAUCGUCGCCUUUUAAAAAAGUAUCUGGAACUGUUGCAAUUGCAUGUGACACUUAAUCCCGGUACGUCUCGUCGCGUAUUAGUUGAAGCGCUAAUAACGGCUUGUCGACGAAAUCCGACAGAUGUAUCUAUAUUGAAAAUGUAUAUUGACUCUACUGCUAAAGGAAACUUCUCCUUUCCUGUUAAAAAAUUUCUAGAAACUAACUCAGAUGACGAAAAUACGAAUUAUUAUUUUGCAUUUGGCUCUGUGUACCUUGAGCUAUUACGACAUAGAAUCCUACUCGAUAAUAGUGACAACAUAUGCUCACCUGGUUUACACCGAUUGAGAACGGUUUUAAAAAGGGCUAGUGAACGUGUAAAGCACACUGUUGAUGUUUUCUGGCGUUUACUGCUUCAAAUCGAGAAUGAUCAGAGAAACGUUCAACGUUCUCGCGAGGUAUUUUAUCUAGCAUUUGCUGAGUGUCCUUGGUCUAAAGCACUUUGCAUGGAUUACAAAUAUAUGGACUCCGAUGAGUAUGCUAAACUAUUGGAUGUUUUAGUUGAAAAACACCUCAGACUUCGUUGUGAACAUGAUGAAAUCGCCAUACUUAUGCGGGAGUAG